GGGGUAAAAGGGGGCUUCCGACUCCCGACAGCGCCCGUUCCUCCCCAGAGGAUAGUCAACAGGGACGGUCCUAGAUUGCGGGCGGCCGUGCGCGACGCCCGCCGAUUUCGCGUCGACGAUACAAAUUCGAUACAAAUUCGUCACACGGUGCCGACUUCUGUCCGGCGUCGAACGGCCUUGUUCGCAUCCGCCAGCCUGGGACCGACGGUCAGCGUUGUGCCGCAAUGGAAUCGACCACCCACCGAAUCGUUCAAGUGCAGGACUGGGCUCCUGCACAAGAAGCCAUGUUUCCCGACGCUACACCCAGCCUCCCGGUGCAACCGCCGCCCCAGUCGCGACUUCGAAGCAUGAGCGUCUCGCUUCCCUGGCGCCAGCGCCCUAAGUCGGCGCUUCUCGAUCCCAACACGGACGCGGGGCACCACGGCCUCAGGUUGGCGAAGAGCAAGAGUCAUCAUGGCUUCGGGGGACAAGAGGAAGACACCACACAUCUCGCUCCCCCUUCGUCGUCGGGCAGGCACCAUGGCAACUUCAAGCGCAUGCUGCGCAGGGCCUCCGUGUCGCUUAAGACAGGCGUCAAGGGCUUCGUGCACAGGCGGACCUCCGUCCCGGCCGCGACGACCUUCGAGACUGACGGCCAGCCCGCUCGGCCCGUAUUCGGCAGUCCGUCCCAUGGCGCAACGCGCCCCACGACCUCCUACUCCACGUGGCAUCGGCUCCGGCAGGCGACCAGCUUCCACCGUCACUCGCGCAUGCUCCCCACCGGCCACGGUGAACCCAUGUUCGAGCACGACCUCGGCCCUCUCGAGUCCCCGACCCUUCCCGUGCCCGGGUCUGGCGAACAACCGCCCAUCAUUCCGCGCAAUACGGGCGCUGCGGCCAGGCAGGCGGCUGCGAUCGCCUGCAACGGGCUGCAUGGCUACGAUCUCAUGGACAUGUCCGCCCCGCGACCGGGCUGGCUUGCCGAAGACGCGCUGGACGACCACGAGAGCGGCAUUGGGAUCGCCGUGACGAGCUCCGAGAUGGAGGCAUACGUUCCUUGCGACGACGUCGAUUCCGACGUGGACGUUGGUCCCAGCGAGAGCCGCGACGAAACCGCCAUCGCCAAGGUCGACUUCAUCUCGCAGCUGCCGACGGAGCUGGCGAUCCAGAUCCUCGCCCUACUCGAUGCGCCCACACUCGCGACGGCGAGCCUAGUGUGCUCGGGCUGGUACCGCGUGAUUGGGAACCAGCACAUCUGGCGCGAGUCGUUCCUGCGGGAGAAGACCGCCACCUACGCUACCAGCGGCCCCGUCAAGCCGGGCACCGGCCUGGGCGUGCCCCCCGUCCGGCCGUCCAACAACUGGAAGGAGAUCUACAGGGUAAAGACGGAGCUGGACAGACGCUGGAAGGAGGGCAAGGCCCGGCCAGUCUAUCUGAACGGGCACACCGAUAGCAUCUACUGCCUGCAGUUCGACGAAUCCAAAAUCAUCACCGGCUCGCGCGACCGCACCAUCCGGGUGUGGGACAUGCACACCUUCGCCUGCAAGCUCGUCAUCGGCCCGCCCGAGGUCGUCAACGACGGCUCCUUCUCGCUGCUCUACGACGAGCACAACAACCCGGUCCACUACGCCACCCUGCCCGACAUCGACCCGACCCCGACCGCGGGCGGCCUGCCGCGCGCGCCGCUGCGCGCCUACCACUCGGUGCCGGCGCUGUACGCGCCGCCGAUGCACCACAAAGCAUCCAUCCUCUGCCUGCAGUACGACGACCGCAUCCUGGUCACGGGCUCGUCGGACGCGACGUGCAUCGUGUACUCGCUCGCGGCGGGCUACCGGCCGGUGCGGCGGCUGCGGCACCACUCGGCGGCGGUGCUGGACCUGGUCUUCGACGAGCGGCACAUCGUGACGUGCUCCAAGGACGUGUCCAUCUGCGUGUGGGACCGCGGCACGGGCGCGCUGCUGCGCCAGCUGCGCGGGCACGCGGGGCCCGUCAACGCGGUGCAGAUGCGCGGCAACACCAUCGUCUCGUGCAGCGGCGACUUCCGCGUCAAGCUGUGGAACAUCGACACGGGCCGCAACAUCCGCGAGUUCCUCGGCCACAGCAAGGGCCUCGCCUGCAGCCAGUUCUCCGAGGACGGCCGGUACGUCGCGAGCGCGGGCAACGACCGCGUCAUCCGCAUCUGGGACGCCAACACGGGCGAGUGCGUGCGCGAGAUGAAGGCCCACGAGAACCUGGUGCGCAGCCUGCACGUGGACAGCGUCAGCGGCCGGCUGGUCAGCGGCAGCUACGACUCCGACAUCAAGGUCUGGGACAUGGAGACCGGCCAGCCGCUGCUCGACUUCCCCAAGUGGCACUCCAGCUGGGUGCUGAGCGCCAAGAGCGACUACCGCCGGAUCGUCAGCUCCGGCCAGGACCCCAAGAUCUUGAUUCUCGACUUUGGCGCCGGCGUCAAGGGCAUCGAGAUGCUGGAGAGCUGUGUGCCCGGCGAGGAGCCGGGCUACAUUUGAGCAACGCGGCUCCGUCUCAGAAUGGCCCG